UAGUCGAUUCGAAGUAAAACUAUAGUACCCUUCGUUUUCAUGCGGAAUGACAUUGUACUAAUUUCCGUUAGCCUUGAAGCUAUUGUUAGCAUCUGUACUGAGGCCGCUCUAACCAUGAGGCCAACACCGGAAUCCCUCAGUGUCAGAAAGAGACUAGGACGCAGGAGCUGCAAGUUUUUGACUGGAUAGACAGAAAGCAAAAGUGCUUAGUUAUGCAGACCCGCAGCCAGUGUCCGUGAUACUCUUGUGAUUUUCGUUCUGAUACGCUGAUUACUGGCAUAAAAAAAAACUCUAUUUAAAAGAAACUCUUGGGAUAAGUUUGGUGAAUAUGUGGAUUUAUGUGACGCAAUUGGGCGCAUUAUUGGACUGGCCGCAGCAUAAAAAGCUUUUUUAUGGGGUGUGAGCCCAUUUUGUUUAUUCGUGUUGGGUCGUAUGCUCAGAAUGGGCGUGGGUUCAAUUCGUGUGGUUAUUCGUUCAUUUAAAAAAGGCUCAUGGCUUCUUCAAGGCCUCGGCCUGCUAAAAUGUUUGCCUCCAUCACUCGCUAUUUUGUACCAUUUAGCUGAGCAACUACUUUUCUGUUCAUAUUUUUUGCCAACCAUAUUAGAGGAUGUAGCGUUAACGGAAAAAUUAUUUUACUUCGCCAUAUUUCAGGGAAGCGCCCUCACAACGCUGGCCACGGCGUUCCACCUGAAGUUCAAAUCGCGACCCCGGUCAAAUCAGCUGGUAACGACCAACUGCGUCUGCAAAAAGUGCGGACUGCCUCGUGAAGCUCGGACGUAUCACUGCCUAAUCUGUAACGUCUGCGUGCCAAUGUUCGAUCAUCAUUGUGCCUGGCUAGACGUGUGUAUCGGCAGGCACAAUCGUCGCCUAUUUAUUCAUUUCCUUCUAUUACUCGCGAUGCACGGCGUAUCUACAGCAAUUUUCCUGUAUUGGAAUUUUUGGCGACUAAACAUUUUCGAAAUUAUGGAUUUGGCCGUAUUUACUCACUUCGUUGCAUCGUUGUUCUUCGGCUCCGCAAGCCUAAUUUUGGCCUUUAUCCAACUGUUUUUCGUAGCUCUAAAUCAAACUACUAUGGAAUUUCUGAUGAAUAAACCAACACAGAGGCGUUCGCUGGUGCAUAAUUUGCAGUCAGUUUUCGGCCGUUCGUGGCUUCACGCGCUAAUUCCACUCUACGAGGAAAUACGGAUCUAUCGACAAGAGGCUAUUUUGAAAUACAAUAUGAACAGGGCAUCCUUGGGCGGCAGGGCAAAGUCGGGCAGUGUUCAAACAAGCAACCACCAAAACGGUUACCGUCUAUCCCAUGCCCAUAUGGGGACUCAGUUUAAUUCAAUAAAUCUUUAGAUGGUCUCCAUAAUAUAUACGUUCAACAACAUAUCUAUACAUUAUCAAUUCUAUGGUCCUUAUAUUGCUGUAGGCAUACGCAGUACGAAGAACUCGGCUACUCGGACAUUCUGUUAACGCAUCUUGAUGGCUAAACGAUAUAGGCUGGAUGAGACAAAAGGCUAGUCUUCCGGCAUUUAGAACGUCUUCGUUUUGCAUAUGUACAACAUUAUAUGUACAUGAUGCGCAACUUACGUAAGGCUGGACUUGAAAUGAUAUUGCCUACAAGGCCCUUCGCAUCGCUGACAGCUGCAAACUUUAUUUAAGAAAAAAAAACAUGAAAUCAAUGAGUAACGCUUGCGAGUUACGAUGCAUCGAUUUGUUCUUGGGUGUAUUCCCAAAAUGGAUUAAUCACCGCGCCGAUCCUGUAGAAAUUUUGGUUUAUGAAGCCGCUUUUUUUUUAUAUCGGGUUCACGGAUAAACUGCAUAUAAGUAUGCUUGUCGCCCCGGCUAAUGAAAUGUAGUGUAUGCCUUGUCUAUGAAAUUUGUAACACACGCCAAUGCGAUCUAGAAAACAAAAAGAAUUGAUCUGGUCUCUGCACAACAAAUCGGGGACCUGUUCAAACACGUCUGACAAAUCCACAAUGGCCCAUUAUAAACGUUUUGUUAUUAUAUUAUAAACGAUAGUACUGCCUUUUUCUCAGCUUAUUGCCACCUACGACCAUCCAUUUAUAACUCAAUUAGCGCGUGUAUUCUUUAGACCAGCUCUCAACCUUCGUGUGAAUCACCUGAAUGCAUGCAAAAAUUUUGCCGCUUGCGAAGUCUCACUCUGUCGUCCGUUCUUCUAGAAAUCGUCCAUAAAAAUAGAAGCAGAAAAUUUGGUAUUCGUAUAAAUGUAGACUUACAAAAAGCGUGCCCUAUCCCAAUAACGUUCCGUUAUCGUACCAGCCACGCUGCCGCUCGAAGCCAGCGAUGAAAGUUUAACUACGCUAGAAGCUGUCUCGUAAGUUUUACGUAAAGGCGCACUUCUAUGAAGGGAAGAUUACGGGCAUUAUAAGGAAACUAGGUGGGCUUUUGAUAUGGACGAGGAGGGCCGAAAAGUUAAGUUAUUGCAGUUAUGUGAUUCGUGGUCAACAGACCACGUAAACUGAUAGCAAGAUUGCAUAGACUGGGUCGAAUUAAGCCUGCCUAAAUUCAUUCGAAUUGAGGGGUACAAAAGGCGGAUACAUGUAGGGAUUGGAAAGUCGCGCUAUCUGGGAGACAGCAUGUUGUUGCGCACAGAUGUGUAUCAAUCUACUUUUGCUCCUCCUGCUUAUAAUUUAAUCUGGUGCCUCGUGAGCGCAGCAACACUCGUUUGGGGUACUUCGUACUUAACGCCUGGUAGAGGCUAUUCGAGUUGGAAGUAUGUAAAAGGCUGUAUAAACGUAAAACGCUGUAUGGUGGUGGUAUCAGCAAUCAGAGGCACCUCAAGGACGAAAACAGUCAGUUUGUCGUAUAUACACAAUGGCAGCAUGCCAACAUUAAUCUCGAGGGUCGUGACGAGGGCCGGAAUCUUACAGGCCGGCGACGCACGCCGUCCAAACAACACUAUGAAAGGGCUUACGCAGAAACAUCCCAUCACCAUUCCGUUGUGGAUCUUGCGCAUUCUCGUGAACGAGUUUACAUAGAGAUUAUUAUUGAUGCAACGCAUGACGGGCCCACUGCACUGGUAUCGUCAGCACGAUUAAUAUGACGCCAAGCCGCGACACGGCGCGCUGCGCGCUGAAGAACAACACAUCUUCGUAAAUUGGACGGUCGCGUAAAGGAGAAGAAAGAAUCGCACCGACUUCAGAUAUCGCAAACAGAAUCGAUUAUUCGACACCUUACGAACGGAGGUGGUUCAAUGUAUUGUCGCGAAGGAAGAUCCUUUUCGUUCGUUCCAGUCGAACACUGCCAGUUGCCUCAACGGCUGCGGUGGU